AUGAAAUCCUUUAUAAUUAAUCCAAGGAAUGAUGAAGAAAUAAGAAAUGACAUAGCAACAGAUAGCUCGACAGUUAACGGUAUAAAUAUUAAUGAUAUAAAUAUAAAUGAUAUAGAAGAAAAUAUAAAAGAUAUAAAUACAGAUAAAGUAAAAAAGAAGGAUGAAAAUAAUUCGAUAGAAUACUAUUUAUUUGAUGUUGAAUCUUAUAAUAAUAAUAAGAAAAAUGAGGAGAAUUUUCUUGAUUUAAGUUCUAUCCGUUCAAGUUAUUUAUGUGAUAAUAAAAAGAAAAAAGCAAAAAAAAAAAAAAGCAGCUAUUUAAAAAAACAAUUAAAAAUAUAUAAAAAGAAAUAUAAAAUAUUGCCAGAACAUAAUAUAGAUCAAGAUACUAAUUAUGAAGAAUCGGUAAAAAAUGAAAAUAGUAAAGAUUAUAAAAUAUAUGAAUUAAGAGAUAUAAAAGAAGAUAAAGAUACUAAUGAUUAUAUCACUUCAAAAACGAAAGAUAUCUAUGGUAUGAAAAAAGAUGUAUAUGUUAAUGUAAUCAAAUUUAUUAUACUUAUAUCCUCUAUAUUUUCCUUCGGAUCCUUCAGUACAACUAUAACAAAAUAUAUAAUCUUUGUUAAAAAAUUUAAUUACACCCAAAUAGUAACACUCUUCGAAUUUUUGAUAAUGUAUAUCAUCUUGCGAAUAGUCAUUUUUUUUACAAAAAUGAAAUGCUCAACAAAUUUGACGAGGAAGGAAUAUAUAAAAUAUAUAAUUUCGAUUUCUGCCCUUCUUGGUCUGAGUGUAGUAACAGGAAAUAGUGCUUAUUCAUAUUUGGAAAUUCCCAUAAUAUCUGUUAUUAAAUCUAGUUCUUUAAUAUUAAUUUAUUUCUUGUCUAUUCGCUUUGGCCUUAAGGAGUUCAAAUUAUCUCUGCUGUGCUCAAUACUUACCAUUUUAACUGGUGUUAUUAUGAGCAUAACAAGUUUAAAAAUAGACAGUUUAUUUGGUAUAUUUUUAUUAAUUAUAUCUGUGAUUUCUUCGUCAUUUAAAUGGGUGUUCACCAAUGUACUCCUAAGAUCAACAUCGAUGAAACCCCACAUAAUUCUUUUACACAUAUAUCAAGUUGCUAUGUGUAUUAUAA